CACAAAUACGGUGGAACGAUUAUUCCCUUCUCAGAUGAAGACUUACAGUCCCUAAAGCCUGAUUGUGAAAAAUGUCUUUGUGUAUUGGGCGCUACCAAGGCCAAAAACGUUCCGCGUUAUCUUUACGUAGGCAAUAGCACGUUAAAAUUUGUUGCUGAUCUACCCAAGUCGUAUGAUCAAGUCAAAAGGAAGAAAGGCCGAAGCAAGAAGGAUAGUGAACAAGAAGCGAAUGACACAGAUAUACCAGAUCAUCCUUCUUUCAGGGUAUUUUCCGCCCUUGUCCAUGCUCUCUACGAGCUGGAGACCGUGCUCUUGGUCCGACGAGUUUACCUUCGAAAUGGUGCACCACGACUUGGAGUGCUGAUGCCAGAGUUAGCUCACCUAUGCCCUGUUGCUACAACUAUAUAUCUAUGCCUUAUAGGAUCUAUAAACACAACUUUUGUUUCAUUAUCUUCACCUUUCAGGGCUUAUUUAAAGAUACCUUAA